ACACUUCUCCCACACAGCUUCUCGCAUCACCUAGCUCCCUGAGAGGAGGAAGAGGAAGAAGAAAUCCGAGAGAGGGAUCAGAGCUCGCUCGCUCUCGCUCAGUGGCCAUGGCACCGGCAGCGCACAACGGAGUGAGUAACAUGCACUCGGUUGCGCCCAUGGAGGUGUCAGUCGAGGCCGGCAACGCCGGUGCCGCCGCGUGGCUGGACGACGACGGCCGCCCUCGUCGCACCGGCACGUUCUGGACGGCCAGCGCCCACAUCAUCACCGCUGUCAUCGGCUCCGGCGUGCUCUCCCUGGCCUGGGCCAUCGCGCAGCUCGGCUGGGUCGCCGGCCCUACCGCCAUGCUCCUCUUCGCCUUCGUCACCUACUACACGGCCACGCUGCUCGCCGAGUGCUACCGCACGGGCGACCCGGAGACGGGCAAACGCAACUACACCUACAUGGACGCCGUCCGCUCCAACCUCGGCGGCGCCAAGGUCGUGUUCUGCGGUAUUAUACAGUAUGCUAACCUCGUCGGCGUCGCCAUUGGCUACACCAUCGCGUCGUCCAUCAGCAUGAAGGCCAUCAGGAGAGCUGGGUGCUUCCACAGCCAUGGACAUGAGGAUCCCUGCAAGAGCUCCAGCACCCCGUACAUGAUCCUCUUCGGCGUUGUGGAGAUUCUCUUCUCGCAGAUACCGGACUUCGAUCAGAUUUGGUGGCUAUCCAUUGUCGCCGCCGUCAUGUCCUUCACUUACUCCAGCAUCGGACUCUCCCUCGGCAUCGCACAGACCGUCUCCCAUGGUGGGUUCAAGGGUAGCCUCACUGGCGUCAGCAUCGGCGCCGGCGUCACCUCGACGCAGAAAAUCUGGCACACCCUGCAGGCAUUCGGCGACAUCGCCUUCGCCUACUCCUUCUCCAACAUCCUCAUCGAAAUCCAAGACACGAUCAAGGCGCCGCCACCGUCGGAGUCGAAGGUGAUGCAGAAGGCGACGCGUCUCAGCGUGGCGACGACGACCAUCUUCUACAUGCUGUGCGGGUGCAUGGGGUACGCCGCGUUCGGCGACGCCGCGCCGGACAACCUGCUCACCGGCUUCGGCUUCUACGAGCCUUUCUGGCUUCUUGACAUCGCCAACAUCGCCAUCGUCGUGCACCUCGUCGGCGCCUACCAGGUGUUCUGCCAGCCGAUCUUCGCCUUCGUCGAGCGCCGCGCCGCCGCGGCAUGGCCGGACAGCGCCUUCAUCUCACGGGAGCUCCGCGUGGGCCCCUUCGCGCUCAGCGUGUUCCGCCUGACAUGGCGGUCGGCGUUCGUGUGCGUCACCACCGUCGUGGCCAUGCUGCUGCCGUUCUUCGGCGACGUGGUGGGGCUCCUCGGCGCCGUCUCGUUCUGGCCGCUCACCGUCUACUUCCCCGUCGAGAUGUACAUCAAGCAGCGCCGCGUUCCGCGGGGCAGCACCAAGUGGUUGUGUCUCCAGACGCUUAGCGUCACCUGCCUCCUCGUCUCCAUUGCCGCCGCCGCCGGUUCCAUCGCCGACGUCGUCGAUGCCCUCAAGGUCUACCGGCCGUUCAGCGGUUAGCUUCGGAGAACGUGGAGGGAGAUUCGUGAAAAACGACAGAGGACUGUGAGCAUCUACACCAAAUCUCUGCUGGACCAUUUCCGAAUACUAACGAGCGAGGUGACCUGGCGACUGUAUUGCUCCAUUAGUUGGUUCGAUUAAGCAGGAUCUAGCUCUAAGAAAUUAGGUCUAUAUUCCUAACUUCGCUGGUAGCGAUAAGCUGCUAUACUUUUUGCCACUUACUUGUUAUGAUCAUCUGCAGUGCACGGGAUGUGUGUGCGAGUGAGAUCAUGUGGAAUUGCUAGUUUGCGUCUGUGAACCAUCCAAAACUAUGUUAGAAAUGAGAAGAUGCUAUACCUGAGACGGAUCAA